UUUAUUCUCAAAAAAUGGGAAAUGUUUUUAGUCGUAAUGGUCGGCAGCGGCUUCGGGAUGACCCUUUAAUGACUGAUGAACUUCGGCUUCGUGCUCUUUUUGCUGAACUCCGUGCAGAACUUCGUGCAGAACUCCGUGCUGAAUUUAAUGAAGUGAAUACAUUCAUCCGUGAGCAAGUUGAACUUAAUCGGACUUUUACUCAACGUUUGGAUGGCAUUGAUGCCCGUUGCGGUUGCGGUUUAAAUCGAGAAGAGGGAGAAGAAGGAGGGGAUGAUGGAGAGGUCAUUGUUCAACAGGACAAUGACGAUGGACAGGACGUUGACGAACAACCGGAGGAUGCCGGUGAUAGCAGGAGCUCAUCGCUUGAAGUUAACGUUAGCGACAACAGCAACAGGACUUUGACUCCAGACGACCCCAGACCUAUGAGUAACUGCCGUUCAAAAAAAGCAAAGUGUUGUAGCUGCAAAAUCAAACCUGACACCUCUGCUCCAAAACCAAAGAAGGCCAAAUGUGUCGGCAGCAAAAUUAAACCUGAUACCUCUGCUUUAAAACCAAAGAAGGCCAAAGGUGUCAGCCCCAAAGUUAAGCCUGACGUCUCUGCUUUAAAACCAAAGAAGGCUAAAUGUCUUGUCAGCCGCAAAAUCAAGUCUGACAUUUUUGUUUUAAAACCAAAGCAGGUUUUUCUAAUUUUUAUUUUAAUAUAUUCAUUUUUUAAACUUCAGUUUGUCACACGUUUAAGUCUUGUUGUAACCUUCCAAAAUGGUUCUGAGGGAUUGGUUGUUUCUGCGGUUACAUUUACUAAGGAGUUUGCUGAUUGGCCUUUUGAUACAAUUCUUCUGAAAAUUGGACAUUCGAUAAUGCAUCUGCCUUUCCCUGACCCAGUUAUGGUUUUCUAUAAAAGCAUUUUGUUCCAUUGUGGUGCAUUGGACAAGUCUUUUAGCAAGCCUCAGUUGGAUGGAAAUUUGAAGGCUUUGGUUGUAAAGGAGUCUUCUUGUAUUCGUUUGGAGCUGAAGCGUGUUGUUGUGCUUGUUAUUUGCUCCAAAAAAUUUCCGGUUAAUGGCUCUUAUUUGGCUGCUGAGGAUGUUCGGGACUUGCUUGAGCAGUGUGAUAAGGUUUUAGUUUAA